UGCCGGACUUGUUCAGACGCUGCUCAUUUUGCACCGAACUUCCAUGCGCCAUGCCGACUGACACCAAACGUGUACGCGGCCCAGAAGCGUCUCAGAGCCCGUCUCUGUUUUUGUGCAAACCUGCGGCCGUUCUUCCCUCGCGCGGCCCGAGAGCGGACGGUCGUCAGCGGGACCAAGUGGACGUGCGGCCCGUGUUUGUCCGGUGCGGGCUGGUGAGCCAGGCCAAAGGCUCCGCGUACAUCGAGGCUGGGAACACCAAGUUGAUGUGCUGCGUUUACGGCCCCAGAGAAACGGAGCGGAAAGAUGAGACCGAUAUGAAAUGUGGAAGGUUGACUACUGACAUGCGCUUCGCUCCAUUCUCCUGCCCGGAGAGGGGCUCCUGGAUUCAGGGGAGCCAGGACAAGGACCUCUCCCUGAUGCUGCACGAGAGUCUGCAGCCAGCCGUGUGCCUCCACAAAUACCCCCGCUCUCAGGUCGAGGUCAACGUGAUGGUUCUGGAGAACAGCGGUUCUGUUCUGGCCCACGCGGUCACGUGCGCUUCUCUCGCCCUCGCGGACGCAGGGAUCGAAAUGUACGAUCUGGUGCUCGGCUGUUCCAUACACCAGGAUGGCGCCUCUUACGUGGUCGACCCUUCUUACGCGGAGGAAAACAGCUGCGGCUCAGUCAGCGGCGAGAACCAGGGCGGUCUGACCGUCGCCUUCCUCCCCAGCCUGAACCAGAUUUCUGGGCUGCAGUCGGAUGGAGAAAUGGCCGAAGAGACUCUGACAGCCGGGGUGCGGACCUGCAUUGAGGGAUGCUAUAAACUGUACCCGGUCAUCCAACAAGCCCUGUCCAGGGCUGUGCGCAGGGCUGCACCCCCACCGUCAGAGAGCUGAGAGACGCUCUAACCCAAUAACUGCUCAGUUCAUAGCUUUUCUAUUUUACAAUUUCCAGUCCUUACUUUGAGAACGUAACCUAUGUUUGCUGUUAUGUUCUUGAAAUGGAAAUGUUGAAGAUAGUGUUUUGUAUUAAAUCAUUUGUCAAUGCGCUUAUAUGGUCCAUUCUGUAUCUGGGUUAUGAAACUUCUAAUUUGCCUGACAUUUGGGAAGGAGAACACACUUUGUAGGUUGGAUUAAUGAGGUUGCUCAUCUGGGAUGGUUCCUGAAUGUAUUGUCAUGGUGCAAACUACUAAGUGGAAAAUAACUAAAGAAAUGCACUCGUGUGAAAAUUGGCAGACAUAUAAACAUAAGAUCUCCAUCUCAGCUGUUGUUCUGCCAUCAGCUAUGCAGGAGUUGCUGUGUUGUCAUUUGACCUCAAUGCCACUAGAGGUCCCCCUACCUACGGUCCAGUCACCCAUUGGCUUGUGGGUAUUGGUUCUGACAAUUUUUUUUUUUUUUUAACAAUGUAGGUUUUAUAUUUUGUAAAAUUUCCUCAAGCCAAGAAAAGCUUUUUUUUUUUUUUUUUUUUUUUUUAUAAAUGUAUGUGAUGUCAUCACAAUGUUAACUACUGUGCAGUGGGCUGCAUACCCCAUGUUUCACAAUUUAGAAAUAAAAUAGUAGUCAUCACAAUUGCACAUUUGUUUUCCUCUAAAGUGAGUAGAUACCACAUUAGACACAAAGGACUCAUAUUUUAUUCAUCAUUUUUUUGGUCUCACACCAAUAGGCACCAAGCCACAAUCUAAAUGCCUCCUAUGCACUGGCAACACCCUUAACCCCAUUCCAUGAAGAAGGAUUGUAUCUCCUGUAUCAGUCUUUUUCUGAAAAACAACAAAACGGACUCCUGAACAUAGGAGUUGAGAGCACCCGUAUCCCUCAAAAUCUUAACAGGUACUUUAGUGUC